AUGAAGUUCUCUAACAAGAUCAUAUUUUUCUUGUUUCUCGCUUUGGUCGAAAGAAUCACCGGUGCUAUGCCACUCAAGGCCACCGGUGGUCACAAAAAAUUGAAUAAGAGAGCAGCUGUUGGUGGCCCGGUCACUGUUAACAUGUCAGUUAAUACCACCAGUACCAUCAAGAACACCCUCCCAAGCAGCAGCAACACCACCACCACAGAAUUACAGGUUAAAGGGGUUUCCAAGGCGAUUGCUGGGAUUAAUGGCACCACCGUGUCCAAAGAUAAUCUCAACUUGGACGUUCAAUUAGUGAUCGAAAAUGACUACUCAUUAUAUUCUGCCGAAUUCUGUUUUGGUACCCCAUGUCAAAAAGUCAGCUUACAAAUCGAUACUGGAUCUUCCGAUCUUUGGAUUCCUGCCACUGGAUCAGCAACUGGAGGAACCACCAACUCUGCUAUACAAGAACACGGAACUUACUCUGUCAAUGGGUCUUCCACCGCCAUUGAAUUCCAAGACGAUACCUUUAGUAUUACUUAUGGUGAUAGCUCAGGAGCCAAUGGAUAUUUGGUGGUCGAUGCCCUUCAAAUUUCCGAUGAUAUCACCAUCGAUCUUGCCACUUUUGAAGUAGCCACCUCCAAUUCUGCUGGCCAAGGGGUUUGUGGGAUGGGAUAUCUUAGUGAAGAAGUCACCAGCAAAGAGUACUUGAACUUGCCAGCAUUGUUGAAGAAGAACAAUAUCACCUCGUCCAAUUCUUAUUCGUUAUACUUGAACUCCGAAGACGCCACUUCUGGACAAAUCAUCUUUGGGGCCUACGAUGAAGCAAAAUAUGAAGGAGAUUUGCAAAAAUUACCAAUCUUGAAGAAAAACUCCGACGGUAGUGAAAGUUCCACUUAUAAAGCGCUUUUCGUGAAAUUGGAUGGUAUCAUGGCCGAAAACACCGAGUUGACCACCAAAUCUUAUGAUGCAUUGAUCGAUACCGGUACCACCUUAGUGUAUGCCCCAUCCGACUUAUACAGCAACUAUACUGAAAAAUAUGGAACCUAUGACUCUAAUGCUGGCAGUUAUACCGCUCCAUGCGAUACCGUGGGUACCCCGUUAAGUUUCCAGUUUGCUGACACCACCAUCAAGGUGCCAUUCCUGGACAUGUUGUAUAAUAUCUCGUUGACCAAUGGUUCUUACUACAUGAAGAACGGGGUUCAACAAUGUUCUAUUGGGAUGGUCGAAAGUAGUGGUGAUUAUGUCAUUUUGGGAGACGUCUUCUUGAGAUCUGCUUACACUUUCAUCAACUUAGAUGACAAUACUAUUUCUUUAGGACAAGUUAAGUACACCAGUGAAAGUUCUGUCGUUCUUGUUUGA